AUGAAGCUGCUCUCAGGUCCAGAACAAAAAGUUGAAACUUCAGUGAUCCUCUCAAUUUCCCUAACCUCUCCCUUUUCCCUUCUCUUAGAUCUCCUUCCACCAGGAGUCUGCAAUCUCCUCAACCCAGCCGCUAUUUAUGCUAACAACGAGAUCAGCCUGGGAGAUGUUGAGAUAUACGGCUUUGACUACGAUUACACAUUAGCACAGUAUUCUAAUUUGCUACACUCUAUGAUUUUCAACACUGCCAGAGACAUCCUAAUAGAACAAUUCAAGUAUCCAGAAGGGCUUGGGAAGUAUGACUACAUUCCAGGGUUUGCCAUACGUGGACUUCACUAUGAUGUACAAAAGAGUCUUCUGAUGAAGAUUGAUGCUUUCCAUUAUGUCCAGCUGGGGACGGCAUAUAGAGGGCUCAAACCAGUGCCUGAUGAAGAGGUAAUCGAACUCUAUGGUGGUACGCAGCACAUCCCCCUGUACCAGAUGAGUGACUUCUAUGGCAAGGGUCCAUCACUUAAGCAGUUUAUGGACAUUUUUUCUCUUCCUGAGAUGACACUUCUCUCUUCAGUCAUUGAUUACUUCAUAACUCAUGGCAUUGAGUUUGACCAGGUGCAUCUUUACAAGGAUAUAUCUGAUGCCAUUAGAGAUGUACACGUGAAAGGAGUGAUGUACAAAUGGAUUGAAAAAGAUCUGGAACAGUAUAUUCUGCAUGGGGAUGAAAUCUAUGCUGUGCUAAACCGCCUGGUGAACCACAAGAAGAAACUCUUCCUCAUUACAAACAGUCCCUUUAGCUUUGUGGACAAAGGAAUGAAACACAUGGUUGGCAAGAACUGGCGGGACUUAUUCGACAUGGUCAUUGUGCAAGCUGACAAGCCCAACUUCUUCACUGAUCGGCGGAAACCUUUUCGAAAACUGGAUGAUAAAGGCUCACUGCAGUGGGACAAAAUAAACCAGCUGGAGAAAGGAAAGAUCUACAAAGAGGGUAACCUUUUUGAUUUUCUGAGGCUGACAGGCUGGCGUGGGUCCAAAGUGCUCUACUUUGGUGACCAUCUGUACAGCGACCUUGCGGACCUCAUGCUGCGUCAUGGCUGGAGGACUGGAGCCAUCGUUCCUGAACUGGAGACGGAGAUUCGGAUCAUAAACACAGAGCAGUACAUGCACUCCCUGACCUGGCAGCAGGCUCUGACGGGGCUGUUAGAGAGGAUGCAGAUGUAUCAGGAUGCGGAGUCGAAGCAAGUAUUGCUGGAGUGGAUGAAGGAACGUCAGGAGAUCAGGUCACUGACGAAGAACCUGUUCAACCCCCAGUUUGGAAGCAUCUUCCGCACCUUCCACAACCCCACGUACUUCUCUCGACGGCUGGUGCGGUUCUCUGACAUCUACAUGGCUUCCAUCAGUUGCCUUCUGAACUACGAUGUGAAUUUCACCUUCUACCCUCGGCGCACCCCUCUGCAGCACGAAGCUCCGCUCUGGAUGGAUCAGCUCUGCACAGGCUGCAUGAAAACCCCCUUCCUGGAGGAGAUGGUGCAUAUCCGGUGAAGGGACAGGUACUCCGGGCAACAACACAGUGCGAGUCUCUACGUGGGGCCAGGCUGCUCGGCCAGCAGCACCUCUGUCUACCACUAAAGGGCGUUUGACACUU